AUGACGGUGGGCCAACGGCUCGAAGCUGCAGAGAACAAUAGCGCUGAGCUACCUGCAUAUUUCGGAGGAUCAAAGCCUGCACAGAGGCAAGUAAGGGACGCCGCAGAGCCGCGUGCCUCGUGUUUAUUGACUGACCCAAGAAUAUGCUUUCGAAUCGAUACGGCAGGACCUCGGUACAUGGCACCGGCAUACGCUAGACAGGACAAAGCCUGCAUGUACUAUGCUGAGCAUUUUGGGAGAAUUGCAUGA